GGAGAAGGAGGAGGAGCAGAGAAAUAUCGCCAUAACUUUCUGCACUGAGGUGCACUCGUUACGGGCCCAGCUGCCAGCGAUCAUGGACAUGUUCUGUGACACGGAUAGAGGGCGUGUCAUGGGAGCCAUGCAUCAAGCUGCAGACAUCAUCUACCUCCUGGAUGGGGAGGGCUUGGCUCCAUCUCCCAGGACAUUGCAGUCAGCCUUCGCCCCUUCAUUGAUGACGAGAGGGACAGCGUGCGCUCCGUUGCCAUUUUACUGCUUGGCAACGUGGUGAGCAGCGUGAAGGACCCGGACAAACCCAUCGUGCAGCAGAAGAUGAUCCACUGCUUGCUCCCGCUCCUGCUGCACCUUGAAGACCGGGAUGAGAGUGUGACACUGAGAUGCAAACUGACGCUCUUCCGCUGCGCAGUGUUUCUCAGGUGGGCUCAUUUGAAGACGCUGUUCCGCAGCAUGGCCUGGGAUGGCUCCACACAGCUCCGGAAGUGUGCCUGGAAGUGCUUGAUGCAGAACAACAAGAGCCACAUCCCCAAAUUCCUGUUCCACGCCUUAGAAUACCUGGAAAGCUCACAGACAACAAUCAGACAUUCUGCAGCCCUGUUCAUUGGUAAGCAGAGCGACUUCACUUGAGCUUUUUUGACCUGCUUCCUUCAAAGCCCUUUUC